CAGAAACAGAAACUCACAAGAUUAGUAUCCCACACAUUUCUUUGCUACAUUUUGAAGUCAGGGGAUUCGGUCAACAGCUCGAAGAUGCCACGCGUUAAGCCCACCAAGAAGCUCGAUGUCUUGGGCAACUUGGACUUGCGGCCCGAACAUGCUGUUGGGGACUACCUUAACUCUAAGAUGCAGGACAAGUUCUUUGUAAAACCGCCAAACUCCGACUCUGCCGGGGACUCCAUCGAGCUGUUGUUCAUUCAGAACCAUCGCGAGCAUGACGCCAUGACCAAGCUGCAGAAGGAGAUGCUGGCCAGUGCCAAAAGGCAGACGGAGCUGAACUCGUCCCGUGUGCGGAAGAUGUACAAGAUCCAGGAGCGACUCAGGAAGCGCUUCAUCGAGGUUAACAGCUUCAUCAAGGACUGCGUGGACAAGAAGCGGGCGGCGGACAAGACCAUCGACGAAGAGAUUGCCCUACACGGCGAACUGAGCGAGGGCAUUGAGAGCUUCAAGAGCUCCAUAGGCGAGCUGAAGGCCUUCCGGGAAGCCCUCAAGGCCACCGUUCAGGAGUUCCAGCCGUAUGAGAAGGUUCUGGACGAGGUGGUCAAGGUCUGCGAUAUAUUCGUCUCUCCCAAGGACUGCAUGGACCGAUGUGAUGCCCUAAUGCUUGCACAGGUCGAAAUCAAUCAGUUGGAGCAGAAGAAACUCCAAGAAAUCGAGGAAAUGCGCAAGAGUAUGGUGAAGGUCACCAAUGAGGCUGCCCUGACGGUACUGGGCCUCAAAAACGAUCUGGCCAAGCUCGAGCGUUCGUACAAUGAGUCGAGGGUCUUGUGCCUAAAGUGGGAGAGCAUCCUGGCCACCACCAAGGACACCAUAACCAACAGCUACAUGGACAAGGAGCGUAGUUUGGAUGGGGUCAACGUCUUGUACCGCACACUCUGCAAGCGACGUGAUCUACAGCCGGCUGCCUCUCGCAACGACGUUGAGAAACAGUUGGAUUUCGUUAAGGCCGAGGUCGAGAUACUGAUGGGAGUCUUGAAAGCAUCCCAAGGCGAUACGACGUCGGAUGAACAUGCCGUUGGAGAAGGGGCCCUCUGCUAGCCGGGCCAAAUUUAAAUGUUUUCGUUGGAAGUAAAUUCAAAAGAAUACUACAAGAUAUUCAGAAAAAAAAAAUUCAUUUAGUUUCCGUGAUUGAUAUUGUAUUUUCGCGUUACGUAUGAGCAUCAGAUAAUAAAAUACCGAUACACUCGGGCCUAAUA